AUGAUGGAGGAGUCAGUAAUCCAGCAGCACCUCUCGCAUUAUAAACAGGCCACAGAAACUGCACGAGAAGAGCUGGCAGCCCUGCAGGCCAAACACAACAACCUACAAACACAGCUCUCAGAAAACCAAUCCAGAGUUGCAUCUCAGGAAGAGACUUUGAGGAGUUUAAAGGAUGCCGUGGACAGAUCCAAAGAGAAAGAGGCCAGACAGGAGUCUCUCAUCAGCUCACUGAGAGAACGCAACUACAACACAGAGCAAGAGAUGAUCUCCGUCACCUCCACCAGAAGCGUCAUGGACAUCAGAAUACAGACCCUCACCAAGGAGAACCAGGAGAUCAAGGAAAAAAUAAUGCAGCUUGAAGUCAAGUCUAAACAGUAUUUCGAAGAAUGCAACAAGGCAAAACAGGAAGCCGCUGAGACCCAGAGGAAGUGUGAGGAGUUUAAAUCAACAUUAGCAAACAAACUCUCUGUAAUUGCGACCGGAAAAGCAGACCCUAUGGAUUAUAUUGUAUCUGUGGUGGACGCUUGCUUCAAGGACAGAGAGCGACUGAAGAACUGUGUUUGCGCUCUAGAGGAGAGUGUGAAGCUGUAUGAGGUGGAGUGUAAAGCCAGCAGAGAAACUGUGAAGAGACUCGCCACUGAUGUUGAUCGUGAACAAACGCUCUCAGCUUCCAGAGCAAAUGAGCUCAACUCCAGCAGACAGGAAUUGGAUCUGAUCUCCCUGAGGAAAGUGAGUUUGGAGAGGGAGAAUCAGAGUGUUAAAGUCUCUCUGCAGGAUGCUGAAGCGGCGCUGGCGUCUACACAGCAGCUCUGCAGACACUAUGAGAAUCUGUCUCAAGAUCUGCAAAAUAAACUCCAGAUAAGCCAGAAUGAAGCCGAGGCAUCUCACAGUCACCACGAGGCCUUUAUAAAGAAAGUGGAAACCCUGCUCGAUGAUCAGGGUCUUCCUGGUCAACACACAGAGCAGGACAUACUCACUGCACUCACAGACCUGUGCAGCAGGGAGACGAGUGCUCAAAAGUGUCAGAUGGAGAUGGAGGUCAGGCUGGCAGAGAUGGCGGAGCAGUUGUCCAGCCAUAAAGAACAUCAGAAAUCCUCAGAGCAGAGGAAACAGGAGCUGCUGGACAGAAUACAGAGUCUGGAGGAUGAGCUGCUGAACGCCAGAGUCUGUAAAGACGGAAUGAAUCAGGAUAAACAGCAGUAUCUGCGGUUUGUGGAGCAGCUCUCAGAGACGCUGAAAGUGGAUGAUGUUGCUGCAGAUCUGGGGUUUGAUAUGAGACUGGAGGUCAUUCUGACUCGAGCACAGCAGCUGAGCAGACAUGAAGGAACAGCUUUACUGGAGACCAAGACACAAACAUACAGCCUUCAGAGAAAGCUUAAGGAGCAGAAGUCUCGUUCGGACAGUAAAGAUCUUCACCUGGAACUGCUGAGGAGGAAGGUGCAGCAGCUGGAGGAGGAGAAGCGCAGCCGCUCGGCUCUGGCUUUGGAGAAAGACGACGCCACUCUGUCCUGUAAAAAGCUUCAGAAGCGUGUGGAUCGACUGCAGGCAGAGCUCAGCACUUUACGCUUCUCCAACACCGAGCUCAAAGCACAGCUGUCCCACACCAAUCAGCUCCAGAUCACAGUGAUGGAACAAAAGCAAACCAUCGCAGAGCAGAAUAAGAAUCUGGGGAAGCUUGAGAAGAAGAAGGUGAAGACGGAGCAAAGACUGACCAGCGUCACGUCAGAGCUGAAAAACCAGGAGCUCAAAGCCAGAGAUGAGAUUCAACAAGCCCACAGACUCCUGGACACUCAGUCUAGCGCCAUCGCAGAUCUCUCACACACUGAGAAACAGUUGCUGGACUUCUACACGGUGGUGUCGCAGAUGUUGGGCGUUCACUGCACAGGCUGCAUCCCGAACUAUGAAGUCCUCAGACGGCUGGAGGUUUUGAUUCAGUCGCGUCAGUGUCAUAGCACUGCUCAUUUACACACCUGCUGGGACUCUCCAGAUUCAUCCAUAAAUAUCGCUCAAUCUCACGAGUUUAAACCUCAGGCUCUGCCAGCAGCUUCAUCUCCUACAGCCUCGUUAAUAAACCCGCAUUAAUAACAGCCUUCAGAUAAAGCUUAAAAGAUAUAUGAAUUAAAAGUUCGGUAACCUUCCCUACCAUAUUGUAACGUUGUUUUCGGUCCUCUCAAAGACCAAAAGAAGGCGGGAUUUAGUUAAUCUGGUGAAUUGAUUGGAUGGUUUGAUCGAUGUGGUUUGCUAUUGGUGGAUCGUAUUUGAUUGACAGGUUGUCUCGCUGUCAAGCAAUUAAAUAGCAACCAGAGAAGACAAUUGUCCUCCAUUUUAAUUAAUAAUUAUGAGAGCAUGUAUUUAAUAAAAACCAUAGACUGUAAAAUAUAUGGACGGAGUAUCCGUGACGUCACCCAUAGGUUUCUGAAGAGCGCAAAAGAAGCCACAAGUAGGCGCGGCCAACCGUCGCCAUUUUGUUCGCGCGUCAUCGCACCCACGGCGGGAUACCAAACAAGGGCAAAGAGGCGGAGAGUGGGCGGAGCUACAGACACCUGCUGGAACUUUGCUUGGACCUGGCAGACAGACUUUACUUUGGGAGAAACGCUUAAUACUUUAUUAACUGCGACUCGCUUGUGUUCUGACCACAUGUGCUUGGCUGUACACUAUAUCAGUAAAGUGAUUAGACUUUCAAAAACACUGUAGUAAUACAUUGAGCCACGAAGCAUUGUUCUUAUGACGUUUUUCUACAGGAGGAAAACGCGGAUUACUUCCAAACACUUCAGAUAUAGUCUGUGUUAGUAAAUGCAAGACUAUUGAUAAAAUCCAGCACAACACUGUAUGACAACGCUUCAGAUGACUGUUCUAGAGCCUACAGCUAAUCAAUCUGUCACAUUCUGGAGUGCUUUACGGGUCUAAAGAAAAAUAUUAAUGAUAAAUGAUCUUAAAUAAAACAAAUACAUUUAUAGAGAUGGUAUACAAGUAUAUAACUUUACUCACAUGGGAAACGAGGCCACGUGAACGGUUUGUGAGCACAAUUAAAUGCACACAGCAUCCCAUAUCAUCUGAU